AUGAGUUCGCCGUUGCAAAGACGCGCCUCUCCAAGCCCCACAGGCUCGUCGGCAGCCCCCGCUGGCUCAGGGAGCUCGGGGGCCCGCCGACCCAAGUGCGCCCGCUGCCGUAACCACGGCAUGAUAUCGUGGCUCAAGGGACACAAGCGGCAGUGCCGCUUUAAGGAGUGCGCCUGCGCAAAGUGCAACCUCAUCGCGGAGCGGCAGCGCAUCAUGGCUGCACAGGUGGCGCUGAAGCGGCAGCAGGCCGCCGAAGACGCCAUCGCCAUGGGACUGCGUGCCGUGGCCACGGGCACCUCGCUGCCCUUUUUGCCACCGGGCCCCAUUUUCGGCCUCCCGCUGGCAGCAAAGGCCAUGGCACAAGCCAAGGGCUCGGGACCGCGGGCCAAGGAGGCCGCAGCACGGAGGGCUGCCAAGGAAGCCGCCAGAACGCUGCACCGCCAGAUGCGGGCAGGCCGUGACGACGGCAGCGGGGACGACGCCGCCGAACUCGGGGAAAGAACGCCCCAUGACAACAGUGCACAAGACACUCUGAAAGAGGCGUUUGUGACGAUCUUGCUCCCCUCCGAGGUAGCCGCGGCUGCCGUGGCCACCCCACUAACAGGCCCCGCGGCGUCAACGUAG